AUGGCUGACGAUGGCAUGCUCCUCAAUUUCUCCAUAGGGGAUGCAAUCCUCAAACCGGAGACCAAAUUCAAGGGAGGCGCAUGGAAAGACCGGAAACGUGCCCAAGGCAAGCGGACUCCUCGCUCGAGGAAUCAAUCGAAUAUAAGUGGCCCCGGUCAGUCUGACGGAAAUCCGAAUAAUGUGCGCAUCGGUGAACGCAGAGCAGGAGGAGGAGGAGGAGGUGGUGGUGGUAGUGGUGGCCCUCACCCAAAUAAAAGGCCAAGAAUUGACGGUGCAGAUUUUCGUCCAUCAACAUCUGCAAAUGGCCAGCCCCGCGGAGGCACAGGAGAGCGAGGACCGAAACCGAAACAGAUCAUUUCGUCGCUGUUCUCAUUCAAUCCAGCACCCAAGGAGUCGGGAGAGGAUGCCGAGAAACAAGAAAAUGCUACGGACGACGUCGAGGUGAAGCCAUCCAAUGCGCCACUCAUCGAUGGGAUUGAAGACUUCACUGCCCUCGGUUUAGCUCCAACGCUCGCCGCGCAUUUAUUGACGAAGAUGGAAUUGAAGGCUCCUACUGCUAUUCAGAAAGCAUCAAUACCACAGCUGGUGAAAGAGGAUAGUGACGCUUUUAUCCAGGCGCAGACCGGUUCCGGAAAGACGCUGGCAUACCUUUUACCGCUCGUUCAACGUAUUAUCAGUCUGAAAGACAGUGGUAAUGGUUCAAAUAACACCGGGAAGACCAAUAGUGACUCGAUUCAACGCGAUGCUGGUCUGUUUGCUAUUGUGUUAGCGCCGACGCGUGAACUGUGUAAACAGAUUUCCGUUGUUCUGGAGAAUCUAUUGCGGUGCGCUCACUGGAUCGUGGCCGGCACAGUCAUUGGUGGCGAGAAAAAGAAGUCGGAGAAAGCUAGGUUGAGAAAGGGGUUGAAUAUCCUUGUUGCUACGCCCGGACGACUCGCGGACCAUCUCGACAAUACUCAAGUGUUAGAUGUGAGCAAUGUGCGUUGGCUAAUCCUGGAUGAGGGCGAUCGCUUGAUGGACCUAGGAUUCGAAGAGGAGAUUCACGGGAUUGUCAAGAAGUUAGAUGCCAGACAGCGGCCAAGCUCGAUUGUUGGAUUGCCAGCUAAAAGAACUACGGUCCUCUGUUCCGCGACCUUGAAAAUGAAUGUGCAGCGGUUGGGUGAAAUCAGCCUGAAGGAUGCAGUGCAUAUCAAGGCAGACCCGGCCGACGAUGAUGGAAUGGAAGGGAAUGCAGAGGGAGAAGGGAAGGAUGCCUUUACGGUCCCUGCCCAACUUCAACAGUCCUAUAUCGUGGCAGCAGCAAAACUUCGUCUUGUUACACUUACGGCUCUGAUGAAACGCACCUUUGCACGCAAGGGAUCGGUCAUGAAAGCUAUCGUAUUUGUUUCCUGUGCUGACUCUGUGGAAUUUCAUUUUGAAGUAUUUACGCGCAAAGACCUAAAUCCUACCCCAGAUACGCAGCCGGCAGCCGACUCGUCUUCUGACGAAAGCGACACGGAGAAGAAGGCUGAUGCCCAGGAUAAAGAGAAAAACAAAGCCAAAGCAAUUCAAGAACAUGGCACCGUGGGUCAAGCAACUGCGUUCUCAAGCUCUUCCAAUCCGGUUACUAUAUACAAACUCCAUGGUUCACUGCCACAACACGUCCGUACAGCGACGCUCGGCGCCUUCGCCAAAAGCAAAGAACCAGCAGUUCUUAUUUGCACUGAUGUGGCGUCCAGAGGUCUCGAUUUGCCCAAUGUCGAUCUUGUCGUAGAGUACGACCCCGCCUUCAGCUCCGACGAGCAUCUACAUCGGAUCGGUCGUACCGCACGUCUAGGCCGCGAUGGUCGAGCUAUCGUGUUCCUUCUGCCGGGCAGCGAAGAGAAUUACGUAGACAUACUGAAAAAGAGUUACCGCGAUGGAGGCAAAGCACUCACGCGAACGAACGCGAACGAUCUCCUGAAACGCGGGUUUGGCGGCAACACCGAUGCCACGAGCAAAGAUUGGGAGGAGAAGGCUACCGAUUGGCAGCUCGAUGUUGAACGGUGGGCGCUGGAGAAUGCGCAGUCUUUGGAACUGGCUCGUCGUGCAUUCCAAUCUCAUAUACGCGCGUAUGCGACUCACGUCUCCGCGGAAAGGAAUAUGUUCAAUAUCAAGGAGCUUCAUUUGGGACAUCUGGCCAAAGCGUUUGCCCUUCGAGAUCGACCAUCGAAAAUCAACGUUCCAGGGUUGAGGCAGACGAAGGACGAAACUAAGAAGGAAUUCAAAGCGGGCAGACGAGCCUCUGGCAAACCUGCAGCUAGCAAUGGCACUGAGAGCAAGAAGCGGAAGAUAACGGCUUCGGCUGGACGUGAAGACGACGACGACGAUGAUGAUAUCCCACGUGUGGCUGAUCAUGAAGAUGCAGCUCGCAAAAUGCGCGCCAAAAUGCGGGCAUUGACUGGCGGCGGUGCGAGCGAGUUCAACCUGGCGUAA